AUGUUACGUUCUAAUCUGCGAGCUGAUCAAAAUCAGUUUUAUGCCGGACAGACAAAUGUAAAUGGUUAUAAUACUGAACAAAGAAGAAUAAACAAUCAAACGGUAUCAUUCGCAACUCCACGUACAACUAAUGGGAGACCACUGGAAAAUUCUCAAUUUAUUCUUCAACCAAAUCAAGCAAAUGUUCAGUUCCAUAAUAAGAAUAAUACUUCAUCGCAAUCACAAGCAUGGCAAACUGUAAAUGGAAAUACAUAUUCAACAACAGAUUCAAUUCUUACACAAGCACUUCCAGGGACACUUUCAACGCCCAAAGGAUGGUAUAGUGAAGUAGUCAAUUCAUCAGAACCUGCUGCAAAUCAAGUCGAAACAAAUCUAUAUACAGAUAUGAUUGAAACCAAUCAAGAUUAUCAAAAUUUUGAGUCUUCGGAUGCUUCUCCAAUAGUAUAUGCUUCGACAGACCAAGUAAAUCAAAUAGUUAACGGAGCAUCAUCAACAAAAUUACUUCCUUCAAUAAACGUCAGAAACAUGAAUAAUAGUCGUGUUGAUUACAGUAAUACAGCUGAUAAUUAUUGUUCAAGUCAAGAACAGCCAACAUUAGUAACAACACAACAACAAAUUUCGACAGUCAAUGUCCAACCAGAAUUACCUCCAGAGCCACCUGUGGUUGUGCGUAAAAAAUUACUAAAUGACACUGUAACAUAUAGACAAAAUGUUAGUGUCCGAUACUUACAACCACCGACACCACCACCCCCUGGACCAAUUAUUAUUCGUGAAAUUUGUCCUCCGCCACCACCUCCACAAUCACCUGUUCAAAUUCGGCAACGGCCAGCACCUCCCCCUACUCCGCCUCCAAUAGUAAUUAGAGAUAGACCUCCACCAGCUCCACCACGGCUUCCUCCACAAAUAGUCGAAAAACUAUUACCACCACAGCGCCCUCCACCACCUCGUACGAUUACCGAAUAUUUUGCACAACGUCCGCCUAAACCAGCUGAUGUUAUUAUCGAACGAUGGCUACCUUAUAAACGUACUGAUCGACGACGAAUAUUUUUCGAACGAGCACCAGCACCUUAUAUGCCACCCAGAGAACCAAAUCUAAUUGUUGUACACGAUCAAGCACAUGCACGAGUUCACAAGGAAUUUAUAAAUGGAGGUGUUAUUCGAGCUGAUCCUCAAUACUAUGCUCAACAGUUUGGAGCUGAAUUUGAUGCAUCGCUUAUCAAAUCAAAAUAUGGUCAUUUAGUAGAUGAAGCAACUCAUAGUGUACCACCGCCUCCUCUUCAACAAAUACCUCCAACAAAUAUUCAACAGUAUCCUGUGUCAUACUCGGGUGGUUAUCAAUCGCCUUCAUCUCCUUUGAUUUCAACCAUCUGGGAUCAAAUGAAAUCAUUCUCACCAUCACCACAACCACCGUCUUAUCCGUAUCCUAAUUCUUAUCGUUAUUUUGGGCAAUCUCCCGAAAUGAAUCAUCUAAAUUCGUAUCAAUCUCAUAAUGAUUAUAGAAAUCAAAUAGGCGACAUUCGAACAAUGGCCGAUUCAGCAUCUCUAUGGAAUCGUGAUUCUUAUUCAUCAUAUCCUCGUCCACAUAUCCCAUCUUAUCAAUUUUCAUCUGCAUCACCUCUGCCGACAAAAACAUUUCAAGUGAAUUCUGACAGAGAACUUGAAAAUGUUCUGUCUGACCUAACAAAUGGCCAUGUACCACCACCAUUUCGAUCAAAUUAA